AAUUUUCUUCCUUACUCAUCCAUUGGCCUUGUUGGUUUUGUGACCCCCAUGCCACGCUCAGGAUGCGCCAGGCUUGAUUGGAAGACGAGCCGUUUAACCGUAGCUGCUCUGGCUUACUAAUGGGGAUGUUGGAGCUCUCGUGGAUUCAUAGGGGACAUUGGGGGUGCAGCUCUGACCAGCCAUCAAUUUCGCGUCAAUCUUACCGGAUAAGCAAGCACACAGGGCGACGCUGACUGAGGUUCAGUUCACAUCGGCAUCUCGAAGGGGGCGUCCCAGUCUAAGUUAUUUAAGCGCUAGGGGAAUGGCAGAGCUUGCAACUCAUCCUGCACAUUACCACUAUGAAGCUCAUCAUCGUCGGCGCGACUGGUUUCGUUGGCAAAGAGAUUCUGUCUCAAGCAUCGAAGCAUCCGAAAAUCACCAGCAUAGUCACAGUCUCGCGCAGUGCGAUCGCGGCUCCCGAAGGCGUGCCGGCGGGCAAGUUCGAGAGCGUCGUCGUGAGCGACUACGACCAGUACACCGAAGAGGCGAAGACAGCGUUUGCCGGGGCCAACGGAUGCAUCUGGACCGUGGGCCUCACGCCUCCCAAGUACAUGGCACUCGGCCCGGAGGAGGGUAAGCGCGUGUCUUACACAGCGACGCUGGCUGGGUUGCAGGCGAUCGCGGACUCGUCCCCCGCCAAGCCGUUCCGGUUCUGCUACAUGAGCGGCGACGCGGCCGUCCGCGACCAAAGUACCAAGCUUGAAGGCGAGCUCGCUGGGUUCCGCCUCAUGCGCGGCGACGUCGAGAAUGCCGUCCUCGCAUUUGCGGCUAAGCACGCAGGCUUCGAGGCGGCCUCAGUUCGACCGGGACUGAUCACUGAGCGCGCGAAACUCGAGGCGUCGCGCGAGUUUGCGAAGGGCCAUGGCUGGCCGACUAUUGUCCUCGAGGACUGCGUCAGCGCGAUGUUGCACAUGGUCGUCAAUGGAUUUGAGAAGGAUCCGGUGUCGAAUGACGAACUGACGGCUCUUGCGGGGCGAAUCUAGGCGGUGGUGUACAAGCUCGCAUUCGUAAUACAAAGACACAAACAAUUCUAUGAUUUGAGCUCGAACGUUGGUGUUUUCAUGAGCUGCUCAGGCAGAGCUUAGAUUUCGACCAUUCAUACCCUGGCGGAACACAAUGCCAGCCAGCAAAUUCUUUAUCGUUCUGCUAAAUCCUCUGUAAAGUUGACUCCGGUUUCCGAGUGUUUCUCAGUCAAGACGAGCUCGUGGGCUCAAUAUUACGCCAUGGCCAACUUGGAUGGUGUGAACAUCCACAAUUAUGUGGAUUUCUCCGGGCGGCCAACCCAGUUGAAUUAAACUUGAUAAUGC